CUCCCCCUGUGAGGGUGUGACUUUGUCUUCAUCUCUGAACCAAAGUCUGACCUGUUUUCAGAGGACUCUCUGCCAUCCCGUGUGUGACAUAAAGUAAAUUAGCAAUCUCCACCCACCGUCAUCAUGCCUGAGACUGCAGAGGCCCACUCCCACACCCUCACCACCAACCGCAACUGCACCAUCGAGCUCAGCAAUGUCAGCUCCUCCUACUGUCUCGUCCACCCCAAGGUGCACUUGGAGAGUGGCUUCGCCUUCAGCCCUCCCCAGCCCACCGUGCGUAUCCAGAAGACCGAGGUGUGCUCCUUCGUCAAAGACGACCAUACGGCAUCCGGUGCCGUCGGCGUCCUGACCUACGAGCUGUUCGACAUGCGCAACCGCCAGUGCAACGAGGUGAUGGCUAUCAUGUUCUCAGUGCCGUUCGACUACAACUUCUACAAGAACUGGCUCGGGGUGGGCAUCUUCGAGCACACAAGAGAGUGUGACGAGAAACUGUUCAAACAUAUGUACAACGAAAAGGAUUUCACCAACUUUCUGCGCCACGAGGCCGACGGCUCAGGGGUGACCUACAAGGGGAGGAUGGUGGAUGUGAGGGCCUGCAUGUCCGACGAAGGCAAUGCCAUAAUCAAACUGGAGCUGUACGACAAGAUGGGCAGAUGAAUGUUUGUAAUGAGUGCAUUGGUGUGGAAUAAAAUGUAAGAACACAGUUGAAGCAGAUGUUCCUGAAACCUACAUACAAUGUGUUUGUCCAUGUAUGGGUGCUUUAAAUGAAUAAAAAACAAUACAAUGCAA